AUGGAAUUACCCGGUCAACAAUUGUUAGCUGCAAAUGCGUAUACCCCUUUAGACCAUGUUUUGAAUUUGGAUAUUAAAUCGCCAGCAGGAUGUCAACGCCUAACAGGAAUUAUAGCAACAAUAGGAAAAUCUUCAAACGAUAUAGAGACUAUGGAAAAAAUGAUGGCAGCUGGUAUGAAUGUUGCUCUUCUUAAUUUAACAUUCGGUACCAAAGAAGAACAUAUUGAGACUAUCAAAAUGUUGCGGCAAGCAGCAAAGAAUUAUAGUGUUGUUGUAGGUAAAAAUUAUCCUUUGGCAAUUGCCGCCCGCUUAGUUGGACGUAAGAUAAGAACCGGAAACAUUUCUGAUACUAACGAAGGACCCGUAGAGCUAAUAUCAGGCGAAACGGUUCGUCUAACUACAGAUACACUUUACAAGGACCGAUGCUCUAGCAGUACUGUGUUCGUUGAUUUCAUAAAUUUUGCUGAACAACUAAAAAAAGGCGAUAUUGUUCUACUGGACAAUGAAACAAUACAACUUAAAGUUGAGAUCAUAUCGAAUACGACGUUGACAUGCAGAAUAGAAAGAGGUGGAUUUUUAGGAUCUAACAAAGAUGUGUUCGUUCCAAACGUUGUCCUAAAGACUCCUAAUUAUUCAGAAAAGGACAAGACAUAUAUUGAUAUGGCUGUGCAUCACCAGCUGGAUAUACUAAUUGCGUCAUUUGUCAAUUCGGUAGAUUCUAUAAUUGAACUAAAAAAUAUGUUGGGCGAGAAAGGCAAAAGGAUUGCUGUUAUUGCCAAUAUUCAGACUACAGAAGGCUAUCGCAACUAUGACGAAAUUCUUGAGGUAGCAAACGGUAUUAUGAUAACUAGACAAGAGUUGGGAUCUGACAUUUCACCGGACAAGCUGGUAAUUGCUCAAAAAAAUAUGAUUGCACGAGCUAAUAAAGCAAAUGUUCCGGUAUGUUUGUCUGCCCACCUUUUAAGCAGUAUGAGAUACAACAAGAUUCCUCUUAGAGCAGAGCUUCUAGAUAUUGCAAAUUGCAUUUUAGACGGUGCCGAUGCGUUAGCACUUUCAGCAGAAACAGCAGUUGGAAUUUGUCCGGUAGAUACCAUAGCCUGUAUGGCAAAUGCUUGUAAGGAAUCAGAGGCAUGUGUGUGGACUAAACAGACACCAGUACCAUGUGAACAGUCAACGGCUAUAGCAAUGGCCGCGGUGUUAGCAUCACAUCGGACAAUGGCGCCUGUCAUUAUUGUAUUAACGACGAUGGGCAAGUCAGCGUUUGAAGUGGCAAAGUACAGACCCAGAUGCCCUAUCAUUGCAAUUACCAGACAUGUAAUCACUGCACGUCAGAUGCAUUUAUACAGGGGCAUUAUACCUCUUAUUUAUGAAGCUACUUCUGAUGUAGACUGGCAAAUUUACCUCGAACAACGGAUAUCUUUUAGUACCAAAUGGGCAAUGCAGAGAGGUUUCGUCAGAGUAGGAGACCCCAUUGUUUUAGUGUGUGGUUGGAAACAAGGCUCCCAAUUCAUAAACACUAUGAGAAUUGUCUACGCAACGACUGAUGUUGGUGUUUCCUAG